GUCUCCAUGACGGUUGCAUUAGCACUGGCACAUGAUACUGGCAACUAUACACUGAACAAGCGGGAAAAGAGGGUAUGUCAUGACCAUUUCCAGAAAUUAAAGAUUUAAAGACACAGGUACAAUGACCCUCUUCCCCUCACCUUCUCUGAUUUCCUAAAGGAGCUGCUGGCGCGUUCCAAAAGAAGGUGGGUCCUGUCCACCAUUGAGCUAGUGGAGGAGGACCCUGGACCUUUCCCUAAAUUUGCCACACAGGUAAAAACAUCAUACCGCAACAAACAGGACAAAUCUUUCUAGACAUGCUACCUCAGUAAAGGUACAAAACCACUGGGCCCAUAAAUACAGUGCUAUGAAAAAGUAUUUGCCCCCUUUCUAAUUUUCUCUACUUUUGCAUAUUUGUGAUACUGAAUGUUAUCAGAUCUUCAACCAAAACCUAAUAUUAGAUAAAGGGAACAUAAGUGAACAAAUAACCCAACAAUUACAUAUUUAUUUCAUAAACAAAGUUAUGCAACAUCCAAUUCCCCUGUGUGAAAAAGUAAUUGCCCCCUUACACUCAAUAACUGGUUGUGCCUCCUUUAUUUUUAUUUUAUUUUUUUAUUUCACCUUUAUUUAACCAGGUAAGCCAGUUGAGAACAAGUUCUCAUUUACAACUGCGACCUGGCCAAGAUAAAGCAAAGCAGUGCGAUAAAAACAACACAGAGUUACAUAUGGGGUAAAAAACAUAAAGUCAAAAAUACAACAGAAAAUAUAUAUAUAUAUAUAUACAGUGUGUGCAAAUGUAGCAAGUUAUGGAGGUAAGGCAAUAAAUAGGCUAUAGUGCAAAAUAAUUACAAUAGUAUUAACACUGGAAUGCUAGAUGUGCAAGAGAUUAUGUGCAAAUAGAGAUACUGGGGUGCAAAAGAGCAAAAUAAAUAACAAUAUAGGGAUGAGGUAAUGACUCCAACGAAAUGCUUCCUGUAGUUGUUGAUCAGUCUCUCACGUCGCUGUGGAGGAAUUUUGGCCCACUCUUCCAUGCAGAACUGCUUUAACUCAGUGACGUGUGGGUUUUCAAGCAUGAACUGCUCGUUUCAAGUCCUGCCACAACAUCUCAAUUGGGAUUAGGUCUGGACUUUGACUAGGCCAUUCCAAAACUUCCAAUUUGUUGCUUUUUAGCAAUUUUCAUGUAGACUUCAGUCGUCCAGGUCCUGAGGCAGCAAAGCAUCCCCAAACCAUCACACCACCACCACCAUGCUCGACCUUUGGUAUGAUGUUCUUACUGUGGAAUGCAGAGUUUGGUUUUCGCCAGGCAUUACUGGAACCAUGUCGUCCAAAAAGUUAUACUUUUGAAUCAUCUGUCCAUAGAACGUUCUUCCAAGAGCCUUGAUGAUCAUCCAGAUGCGUUUUGGCAAACUUGAGCCAACUUUUUGGACGAGAUGGGUCCCAUUAUGCCUGGCGAAAUGUUGUGGCAGGACUUGAUACGAGUCAUUGCAGCUAAAGGUGGCACAACCAGUUAUUGAGUGUAAGGGGGCAAUUACUUUUUCACACAGGGGAAAUGGGUGUUGCAUAACGGUUUAUGAAAUAAAUGAAAUCAAUAUGUAAUUGUUGGGUUAUUUGUUCACUUAUGUUCCCUUUAUCUAAUAUUAGGUUUUGGUUGAAGAUCUGAUAACAUUCAGUAUCACAAAUAUGCAAAAGUAGAGAAAAUUAGAAAGGGGGCAAAUACUUUUUCAUAGCACUGUAGUAUAUAAUCAUUCACCAGAAGAACAGUUCCAACAUAACUCUGUAGUAAGCUUUACUGUGAACCCUGGACCCCUCUUGGGCUUCUCCUGAACCAGAGACCCAGUGUUCAUAGCCCUGAAAACUGCUCAUCAACAAGGCUGUCUUUACAGAUGUUCAAUGAUAGAACUGAGCUUUUCAAAAGCCACCAGUUCCGUUUAUCUGGAAUGGGAGUGACCGAGGAACCUCUGGGCGUGUUCUCCAUCGGCGACAAUGACGGAGUGGUGUACGUACUCAAGCCUAUCGACAGGGAGACACACCCCUUCUUUCAUGUAAGCAUCAACAGACAGAGACAAACGGAUGGACAGACAGACAAUCUAAACAGACAAACGGAAUAUCUAAACAUAACAGUAUUAACAUUAUUUCCCACAGAUUAUGUUUGACAUCAUUGACAAGGUGACUAAUAGACCCGUGGACAAGACUCUGGCGUUCGAUGUGGCGAUUACGGACAUCAAUGACAACGCCCCUUACUUUGAGCACCCUGUCAUAGAAGCCAGUGUAAAAGAGAGUACACCAGAGGGUCAGUACACACAAAGGCUGUAAAUCAAAAGAAAUAAACCUUGCACAAAGUAUACUUAGCUAGACUGUUCGCCCAAGAACCAGGCAGUUGUUGCGUUCAGUUGGGGAAAUUAAGUGUCAAGUGGAGGCUCUUUCUUGAGCAUAGAGAACAAACAUGUAAAGGGGAACUAAUUUCCCCUCUCCUCCUCCCCCUCCUCCUAUUCCUGUUCUUCCUCCUCACCUUUCCCCCUCCUCUCCUCCUUCCCUCACCCUCUGUCUCAGGGUAUCUGCCAGUGCCUCUGACAGCCAGGGACAUGGAUCAGGUGAACACACAGAACUCCAACAUCAGUAUAAGUGUGUUGUCUCAGGAGCCAGCCGAGCCCAAGAUCAACCUGAAGGAGGUAGAGGGCACCAAGAUGAGCCAGCUCACCUUCACUGGCUGCUUUGACUAUGACGUAAGGCUCCACUAUGACACAUACACACACACACACACCAUUACAUACAGCAUGUGCAAACACACACACACAAACUUGAUGCACACACACGCACACAAUCUACACUUUUAUGUAAAAUGGUGGGAUCAAUAUUUUAUUUAUUUUGUUGUUCACAUAGAAAGCAAAGAUGUAUAAGGUGGUUGUUGAAGCUCGGGAUCAUGGGAUACCAGCCCUGUCCUCAACUGUAGUGGUCAACCUCCAAAUAACGGACUCCAACACUCACCAACCAGUGUUCAAAAACAAGACCGUAAGUUCCAAGUUGGUUGAUUGGUUGACUGGUUGAUUGAUUCAAUGAUUUGUUGGUUGAUCGGGUGUUUGAACAAUUGAACAAUUGAUUGAUUGAUUGAACAUUUAUUUAUUGAUUUGUGAAACACAAAUACUUACUUUACCAUAUUUCUGUACAGUACAAUGCUCACAUGAUGGAGAUGGAAUCCAAUAAAGAGAUACUCCGAGUGGCUGUGACUGAUGCAGACACCCCCAACACCACCGCAUGGCGAGCCGUUUACUCCAUUGUGAAGGGGAACGAGGAAGGAAACUAUAAGAUUGAGACCGACCCCAAGACCAACGAGGGUAUACUGACUGUCAUCAAGGUGAGUCUGUUUGACCUUAUGACCUUACAUGAGUAGGCUAACAAAGUUCUGAGCAUGAACAUCACUUAGUCAGUCCCUCCAGGAUUUCGCAGAGUUUUUGUGAUAGUUGCAUUCCAAAAUGCUUGAUUUUGCUGCUUCAAUAAAGACAUUUUGCAUGGCAAUUUGUGAUGAUUUUGUGCAAUUUGUCACAAAAAUACACUGACAAGGGAAAACAUUUGUGUUGCUUGAUUGAAACAUUUUGUGCAGUAAAAGUGCAGUGAUUGGUUAAAAUUGCGAGCCCUCUUUUUGAAGUGCGGUGAUUGAACAGUUAUUGUGAUGAUUGACUGUUUUCUGCUGUAAUAGUGUAUUGUACUGACUUGUAUUGCUCUAACAUAAGUACGGGACAAAAUUUUUCAGGGAAAGAAUAUUAAGGAAAAGACAACGUUGACCAAUGUGCAGAUCGCCGUGGCGAACGAGGAGCCUUUGUUUGUGUGUAGCUCCGGAGGGGCCGUGUCCACUGCUAAGCCCCUGACCGUGCCCCCCCAGACAGUCAACGUGACUGUGAAGGUGAUUGACGUGAACGACCCCCCGAUGUUUGACAGGAAAGUGACAGACGUGUAUGCAAAGGAAGAGCAGGAGGAGAAGGGGAAAGUGCUGUACAAACCCAAGAUCACCGACGUUGACUCAGAUGUGGAAAAAAUCAGGUGGGUGGCAUAACAUGUUAUGCCUCAGAAACAUCAUAAUGAUUCUUCAUUCACCCGAGGUUGUGAUAUUGAUUCCCGCAACUUACACUAUAUAUACAAAUGUAUGUGGACACCCCUUCAAAUGAGUGGAUUCGGCUAUUUCAGCCACACCUAUUGCUGACAGGUGUAUAAAAUCGAGCACACAGCCAUGCAAUCUCCAUAGACAAACACUGGCAGUAGAAUGGCCUUACUGAAGAGCUCAGUGACUUUCAACGUAGCACCGUCAUAGGAUGCCACCUUUCCAACAAGUCAGUUUCUCAAAUUCCGGCCCUGCUGGAGCUGCCCCGGUCAACUGUAAGUGCUCUUAUUGUUAAGUGGAAACAUCUAGGAGCGUGUAAAAAUCGUCUGUCCUCGGCUGCAACACUCACUGCCGAGUUCCAAACUGCCUCUGGAAGCAAUGUCAGCACACUAACUGUUCGUCGGAAGCUUCAUGAAAUGGGUUUCCAUGGCCGAGCAGCCGCAGACAAGCCUAAAAUCACCAUGCGCAAUGCCAAUUGACGGCUGGAGUGGUGUAAAGCUCACCGCCACUGGAAAUGCGUUCUCUGGAGUGGUGAGUCACGCUUCACCAUCUGGCAGAAUGCUACCUGCCCCAAUGCAUAGUGACAACUGUAAAGUUUGGUGGAGGAGGAAUAAUGGUCUGGGGCUGUUUUUCAUGGUUCGGGCUAGGCCCCGUAGUUCCAGUGAAGGGAAAUCUUAACGCUACAGCAUACAAUGACAUUCUAGACGAUUCUGUGCUUCCAACUUUGUGGCAACAGUUUGGAGAAGGCCCUUAAAUGUUUCAGCAUGACAAUGCCCCAUUACACAAAGCGAGGUCUAUACAGAAAUGGUUUGUCGAGAUCAGUGUGGAAGAACUUGACUGGCCUGCACAGAGCUCUGACCUCAACCCCAUUGAACACCUUUGGGAUGAAUUGGAACACCAACUGCAAGCCAGGCCUAAUCGUCCAACAUCAGUGCCCGACAUCACUAAUGCUCUUGUGGCUGAAUGGAAGCAAGUCCCUGCAGCAAUGUUCCAACAUCUAGUGGAAAGCCUUCCUGGAAGAGUGACGGCUGUAAUAGCAGCAAAGGGGGGACCAACUCCAUAUUAAUGCCCAUGAUUUUGGAAUGAGAUGUUCGACUAGCAGGCGUCCACAUACUUUUGGCCAUGUAGUGUAUAUUGCAUGUAUGUGUUCACAUUAAGCAUCUGCAUAUUAUUUGAAGCCUCUGGGUUAUUUGUGUUGGUUUCACCAUUAUUACUUAUGACAAUAUAGAGAAAAGCCAUGUGUUGACCUGUCUGCCGGUCUACCUGUCCGUCUGUCCUCUCCAUGUCCUGACCAGGUAUGAGUUAGUUGACGACCCAGCAGGCUGGGUCACCAUAGAUCCCAAGACAGGAGUGGUUACUACAGUGAAGAAGAUGGACCGGGAGUCACCUCACGUCAACAAAGACAACAUCUACACUGUCCUAAUCCAAGCCAUAGACAACGGUUAGUGUGUAGUGUGUAUGUGUGUGUGUGUUUGUGUCUGUGUGUGUGCGUGUGUUCGUGUGUUCGCAUGCGUGCGAGACUGCGUGCGUGUGAGCAUGCAUGCAGCUGUGUGUGUACGUACGCAUAUGUGUACGGUAUUGAGCAUAAUAAAGUAUUCAAAGUCUCUGUCUUCUUCUCUCAGGCGAGCCCCCUGCCACAGCUACAGGCACUAUUCUGGUCCACCUGGGGGAUAUCAAUGAUAACACACCCUAUGUGGUGGAGAAGAAGCUGGUGAUGUGUGGUAACAAGGUGAUUGUGCCGUUAGCAGACAAGGACAUCCCUCCCUUUGGAUGUCCCUGUUACCUCUCCCUUGGAGCGGACCACGGAGACAAAGCACUGAAGAGCCGCUGGAAACUGGACCCUGCCAAUGGUUAGCAGAAUCGCACACACCCAUAUACACACACACCAAAGCACUGCUUUUAUUCUGAUAUAUAGUAAUCUACUAUUUCCAUACACAGCUGAAAGGCUGUAUAGCAGUUACAGACCUCUUCCAAAGUCCAUAAAUAUACAUGGACAUUUCAGCACAUCUCAACACAACCUACUGACCUAAUAAAUACAAUUACUCAGAUGUCAGGUCCUUCAAAGCGGCACAAAAAUGAAUAUCAUUAACUCCCUUCCACCCCUCUCUCUCUUUCUCCCCGGUGGUCAGGUAUGGAGGCGGGUCUGGUCAGUCUGAAGAGCCUGCCGUACGGUAACUACACGGUGCCUCUCGUGAUCCAGGACCAGCAGGGGCUAGUUGUAAAUGAAACUGUCCAGGUUAUGGUGUGUGACUGUGAGGGAGGGGAUAAGUGUAGGGCCUCUCUGCCCCGGACCUCCAGCCUGGGCUUGGCGGCUAUAGGACUACUGCUGGCUGGACUGCUGCUCCUCUUCCGUGAGUUAGAAGUGAAUAGAUAUGGAUUACUGUAGAUAGAGAUAAGGGAGAGGUAGAGAGUAGGUGGAUAAUCAGUAAAUCAGUUACUCAGACACUCUUAGAACUGAAAUCUGGAGUGGAGAAAAUUAAGAGAGAUACCAAUUCAGUCUAAACAAAAUCACAUCUGUCGAAAUGAGAUCAAACUUGUGAUGCAAUAUUGUUAAAACAUGUUGAUAGAUAGCAGUAAUAUAGCAAUGACAUGCUAUGAAGUGUUAUACAAACAUGACUUUAAACAUCUAUGAGUUGUUUGUAUGGUAAAAUGCUAUGUUACACGUAUGACUGUUUGUAGUGACUCUGUGGUUGUGUCCCUCUCCCAGUGCUACUGCUUUUCCUCCUGCUGUGUGAGUGUGGUGGUAAGACGUUCACACACCUCCCCCUCAAUCUGCAAGAUGAGGGAAACCAGACUCUUAUCAAAUACAACGAGGAGGGAGGGAGCUCCGCAUGCAAGGUGUGUGUGGGUGUGUGUGUGCGCAUGUGAGUGCGUGUGCAAGUGUGUGCUCAAAUGCGCAUCUCUGUGUGUGUGCGUAGGAAUAACAUUAGAUGUCUAUUUGUACACAAUAUGCACUGUUUGGGGUGUUCAGCACACAGGCAGGAGUGUACAAUACAAUCCCUUACUGAGCUGUCAUGUGCUUACAUUAUUCUGGUCAUUGAGUCUGGUAUGACAGGUCUGAGUAUGACAGGUCUGAGUAUGACAGGUCUGAGUAUGACAGGUCUGAGUAUGACAGUUCUGGGUAUGACAGGUCUGAGUAUGACAGGUCUGAGUAUGACAGGUCUCAGUAUGACAGUUCUGGGUAUGACAGGUCUGAGUAUGACAGGUCUGAGUAUGACAGUUCUGAGUAUGACAGGUCUGAGUAUGACAGGUCUGAGUAUGACAGUUCUGGGUAUGACAGGUCUGAGUAUGACAGGUCUGAGUAUGACAGUUCUGGGUAUGACAGUUCUGAGUAUGACAGGUCUGGGUAUGACAGGUCUGAGUAUGACAGGUCUGAGUAUGACAGUUCUGAGUAUGACAGGUCUGAGUAUGACAGUUCUGGGUAUGACAGUUCUGGGUAUGACAGGUCUGAGUAUGACAGGUCUGAGUAUGACAGUUCUGCGUAUGACAAUUCUGGGUAUGACAGGUCUGGGUAUGACAGUUCUGGGUAUGACAGGUCUGAGUAUGACAGUUCUGGGUAUGACAGGUCUGAGUAUUUCAGGUCUGAGUAUUUCAGGUCUGAGCAUGACAGGUCUGGGUAUGACAGUUCUGGGUAUGACAGGUCUGAGUAUGACAGUUCUGGGUAUGACAGUUCUGAGUAUGACAGGUCUGGGUAUGACAGGUCUGAGUAUGACAGGUCUGAGUAUGACAGUUCUGAGUAUGACAGGUCUGAGUAUGACAGUUCUGGGUAUGACAGUUCUGGGUAUGACAGGUCUGAGUAUGACAGGUCUGAGUAUGACAGUUCUGCGUAUGACAAUUCUGGGUAUGACAGGUCUGGGUAUGACAGUUCUGGGUAUGACAGGUCUGAGUAUGACAGUUCUGAGUAUGACAGGUCUGAGUAUUUCAGGUCUGAGUAUUUCAGGUCUGAGCAUGACAGGUCUGGGUAUGACAGUUCUGGGUAUGAAAGGACUGAGUAUGACAUUUCUGGGUAUGAUAGUUCUGGGUAUGACAGGACUGAGUAUGACAGUUCUGGGUAUGACAGGUCUGAGUAUUUCAGGUCUGAGUAUGACAGGUCUGGGUAUGACAGGUCUGAGUAUGACAGAUCUGGGUAUGACAGUUCUGGGUAUGACAGUUCUGGGUAUGACAGUUCUGGGUAUGACAGGUCUGGGUUGGUAUGUACUGAUGGCAAGAUCGGUGUUCUUCCUCUGGUACGUGAAAGGCUCUGUAUGUAAUCUGACAUGUUUCAUCUUGUAAUUACUUGAAUUGUUCUUGUCAUUUCCUCUUUUACGUUCACUUCUCUCCUCACCCCUUUUCUCCUUCUCUUUCCUCCACUGCUUUCCUAAACUCCUCUUAUUUUCCAAUCCUCUCUACUCACCUCUCCUGCAUCCACUCCUCCUCUCUCAUGCCCCUACCCUCCUUCUUUCCCCUUCUCCUCUCUCUCUCCUCCUGUCCCUCUCUCUUAGAGUGAGCCCAUGCUGAGCAUGACUCGCACCAUUUCCAACCGUGUAGCCGUGGACUUGGUAGAUGGAGUGAAGCAGGCCACCCCCGGCAAAAAGGUAAACUGGCCACUAUCCUUACUUUCCUCUCUUCUUCUUUUUCAUAUUUUUCUUUAACUAAUCUCUUUCUGCGUCACAAACUUUAUUUAUAAACGGUCUAUGGUCACAGCACGGUUUGAGGUUUUUUAAUGUUGUGUGUGUGUGUUCUGCAUGGUUAGGUGAAGUUGUGUGUGAGAGAGUGUAUGAGGUGAACCGUGAUGGAGGAAAAGGGUUAGUAGAAGUCAUUAAUACCAUGACAGUUCCAGGUAAUUAGUGGUUUCUGUGUAGGGUGUGUGCUUCCCUCUAAUAUGUACUUUAUGUAUGGAAAGCACUGAAGGAAGCAGGUUCUGUCACCACUAGCAUCAUUUAUUUUCUAUUGUACCAAUGAGAGAGCGUAAAAUAGCUCACAUACAUAUUUGGGUGUGACUCGUGACUCAUGAGCAUAUGUGCCACAUGCAGAAUGAGUAGGCCUACAACACUGACCACAUUCUCCAAACCACACUUCCAUAUUUAGUUUGACUGCUCAGGGAAGAUGAACUAGUCUGCUCAAAGAAUGUGUUAGAGGCCCAGGAAACGGUGGCAGUUACAUUUGCUUGUAAAUACCUGUAGGCCUAGUUGAUCGGCUUGGAUGACUUGUCUUUUGUAUUAAGUAUAGAAUACAGUAGAGACAGCAGCCUCCCGAGUGGCGCAGCGGUCUAAGGCACUGCAUCGUGACCGGGAGACCCAUGAGCCGGCACACAAUUGGCCCAGUGUCGUCCGGGUUAGGGGAGGGUUUGGCCGGCUGGGAUUUCUUUGUCCCAUCGCACUCUAGUGACUCCUUGUGGCGGGCCGGGGACCUGCAAGCUGACGCUAAUUGCCAGUUGGACAGUGUUUCCUCCGACACAUUGGUGCGGCUGGCUUCCGGGUUAAGCGAGCAUUGUGUCAAGAACCAGUGCGGCUUGGCAGGGUUGUGUUUCGGAGGACACAUGGCUCUCGACCUUUGCCUCUCCCGAGUCCGUAGGGGAGAUGCAGCGAUGGGACAAGACUGUAACUACCAAUUGGAUAUCACGAAAUUAGGGGUAAAAGUACCGAAAACUGAAUCACAAAAAUAGUACAGUACAGACAUGAAUACUAAAGAGCCAUGUGUUAGGCAUAUCACAGUAGUGUGUACUAGAGAUGUAUGGAGCGUACGGGAUAAUAUGUGCUGUGCUUCUACAUCUGCAUUGCUUGCUGUUUGGGGUUUUAGGCUGGGUUUCUGUAUAACACUUUGUGACAUCUGCUGAUGUAAAAAGGGCUUUAUAAAUCAAAUUUGAUUGAUUGAAUUGUGAAGUAAUGUGAAGUAAUGUGAACUAAGAUAUUUAAAAUAGUGGAUUGUGUAGGGCACAGUGUGCACUAGAGGGCAUAGUAAAGUAAGAUGACUAGAGAACAUUAGUGAGAUUUAGAAGAUUUAUGAGGGCGCAAAAUUAUUAAACAGUGCAUCAUCUUUAAUGAUGGUUUCCUAAAAAGGAUGGAAAAAAGCAUGCCAUCAGCUUGCCAAUGUAGAACUGUAAGAUAGCUCUACUGUUGAACAGAACUACUUACAAUCUACCUUACCUCGCUAUCUGCUACACCUCUCUAUCUGCUACACUACCACCUCUGCAUUUAGCCACUGUGAGAGAACUGCUACUCCACAUAUAUCAUAUUAUUAACUCUUUCACCAACAACAACAAGACUAGUUACUUUAUUCAGAAGUAGUAUCUUAAUCUGAGCCAGUUUGCUACAGCAGGAAAAUAAUCCAACAGCAACAGGAAAUGUGAAUUAUUAUGUGGAUUAUAAUUAAUAUAAAUUUUUGUAGGGGUUGACACAUUUUUUGGGUAGCACUUUAUAAUAACUCCACGUAAUUAUAAUGCAUUAGUAAAUAGUUUAUUCAUCAUUUAUGAAUCAUUACUCCCACAUUUGUAAAUGUUAGUAACCUAGUUAUUUACACAUUUAUAAACAAUGUUUAAAGUAUUUAAUAAUGAUUCAUAAGAUUAAUAAAUGAUGAAUAAACUAUUUACUAAUCCAUUAUAAAUGUUUUAUUAUGUGGAGGUAUUAUAAAGGGCUAUCAGUUUUUGGAAGGGAAAAUUAAGUCUGUAAUUUAAAAGUGGAAAUUACAAACGCCUUUUUAAACCACAAAUACACCACAAUUUUUACAUUUCCUGCAGUUCUACUGCAAAAGGGUGAUCAAAUUAAGAUCCAACAUCUGUACUCCAUCUUCCACCAUUUCACUACAACACAGUGAUCACAGUCUAAAUCCUUGUUGUUUAAAAUAAAUGCCUGAAACUAAAUCCCCUACAUCAGGGCUCUCCAACCCUGUUCUUGGAGAACUACCGUCCUGUAGGUUUUCACUCCAACCCUAAUCUAGCACACCUGAUUCUAAUUAGCUGGAUGAUAAGCUGAACCAGGUUAGUUACAACUGGGGUUGGAGCAAAAACCUACAGGAGGGUAGCUCUCCAGGAACAGGGUUGGUCUACAUACUGGUCUUGACAAGAAGAAAAAAAACUGUCGGGGGAAGUACUCUUCUGCACUGUUCAACCAAUCCAGUUAAGUUAAGAUGGAGUGUUGCCUUGUUAAGGUCCAAAAGCUCUCUUUCCAUAUCUCCUGAAAACCGGAACAUCCGGUUGUUGGGUACUCAGCAUAGGCUAUUUAUGCUGUGCUUGAUUCUCUGCUCUGAUUGGACAGUUUACUCAGGAGACCAAUGAGAUGACCCAAAAGACCAAUGAGAUGCACAGAACAACAGGGAGGACCAUGGUGAGUGACAGCCUUGAUUACAAACCUGAUUUUUCAAGCAUUGAGGUUUCAGCCUAAAUUCAGCGUAAUGGAAACAUCAAUGCUAUGUUUUAAAACUUGUUGUGUUUUAAAAUAUCUUUGAAAUACUUUUCCCUUUUCCCUGGAGAGCUACUGUCCUGUUGGUUUUCACUCCAACCCUAAUCAAGCGCACCUGAUUCUAACAAUUAGCUGGUUGAUUAGCUGAAUCAGGUUAGUUACAACUGGAGUCGGAGUGAAAACCUACAGGAGGGUAGCUCUCCAGGAACAGGGUUGGAGAGCCCAGCUCUAGCUCAAGUGUGGGGAACUUUGUAAAUUGCCAAUGUUUAAUCUACUACAGCUUGGACCAGUUGUACUAUCUCUGUUCAAUAGCACUGAAUAGCAUUGUCUUUGACCUGUGUCAACUAUUUAUGAGUGAUGUCUCAAAGAGUAAAGACCUUACAUGCUCUUUCUACCUGUCUCAGUAGUAUACUUUCCAUAGUUCUACCUUGAGUGAUACUACAUCACAGUGUGCAAAACACAAUAUAACUCUAUAGUCCUUAGUUAUACUUUCAUUUUGCACUUUGUGCAUUUACAUUAUUACUAUGUCAUUAUCUAACUUGUGCAUAUCAUGGCAUUACUUAGCUCAACAAGGUAGUGGUGACAACAGUGUUACACAAUUCAGUCAGCUGAUGGAGUAGGGCAUCAGUGUACACUACAUGACCAAAAGUAUGUGGACACCUGCUCGUCGGACAUUUCAUUCCAAAAUCAUGGGCAUUAAUAUGGAAUUGGUCCCCCCUUUGCUGCUAUAACAGCCUCCACUCUUCUGGGAAGGCUUUCCACUAGAUGUUGGAACAUUGCUGUAGGGACUUGCUUCCAUUCAGCCACAAGAGCAUUAGUGAGGUCAGGCACUGACGUUGGUGAUUAGGCCUGGCUCACAGUCGGCGUUCCAAUUUAUCCCAAAGGUGUUCGAUGGGGUUGAGGUCAGGGCUCUGAUAAGGCCAGUCAACAAUUUCUGUAUGGACCUCAAUUUGUGCACAGGGGAAUGGUUAUGCUGAAACAGGAAAGGGCAUUCCCCAAACUGUUGCCACAAAGUUAGAAGUACAGAAUCGUCUAGAAUGUCAUUCAUUGUAUGCUGUAGCGUUAACAUUUCCCAACACUGGAACUAAGGGGCUUAGACCGAACCAUGAACAACAGCCCCAGACCAUUAUUCCUCCACCAAACUUUACAGUUGGCACGAUGCUUUCGGGCAGGUAGUGCUCUCCUGGCAUCCGGAAAACCCAGAUUAAUCCGUCGGACUGCCAGAUGGUGAAGCGUGAUUCAUCCCUCCAGAGUACUCGUUUCCACUGUUCCGGAGUCCAAUGGCGGAUCCAGAGUCCAAUGGCAGUGAGCUUUACACCACUCUAGCCGAUGCUUGGCAUUGCGCAUGGUGAUCUUAGGCUUGUGUGCGGCUGCUUGGCCAUGGAAACCCAUUUCAUGAGGCUCCCGAUUAACAGUUAUUGUGCUGUCAUAGCUUCCAGAGGCAGUUUGGAACUCGGUAGUGAGUGUUACAACCGAGGACAGAUCAUUUUUACUUGCUGCGCGCUUCAGCACUUGGCGGUCCUGUUCUGUGAGCUUGUGUGACCUACCACUUCGUGGCUGAGCCGCUGUUGCUCCUAGACAUUUCCACUUCACAAUAACAGCACUUACAGUUGACCGGGGCAGUUCUAGCAGGGCAGAAAUUUGACGAACUGACUUGUUGGAAAGGUGGCAUCCUAUGACGGUGCCACGUUGAAAGUCACUGAGCUCUUCAGUAUGGCCAUUCUACUGCCAAUGUUUGUCUAUGGAGAUUUUAUGGCUGUGUGCUCGAUUUCAUACACCUGUCAGCAACGGGUGUGGCUGAAUUAGGCAAAUCCAUAUACUUUUGGUACAUAUAGUGUACAUUAUAAGGUAUAUUAUGUAUAAUGGCAGUUGUGCCCCUGUCUCAGUACUCACCCUCCAUCUCUCCCCAGGUCAACCAGGUAUCCUCCUCAGGAGGGGGAGGGUUCUCAGGAUGGGGAACAUUGAGCGAAGCCAACGGAACUCUGAGAAGCCAGAAUGGGCGGGGCAUGGUAAGUGACAUCUGCUCCAGGCAGCCACAAGGGGGCAACAUAACCCUCCUUUUUAUUCCUUAGUGCUACAUACAGUGCCUUCAGGAAGUGUUCACACGUCACACCCCUUGACCUUUUCCACAUUUUGUUGUGUUACAGCCUGAAUUUAAAAUGGAUUAUAUUUACAUUUUGUGUCACUGGCCUACACACAAUACCCCAUAAUGUCAAAGUGGAAUUAUGUUUGUAGAAAUUUGUACAAGUUAAUAAAAAAUGAAAAGCUUGAGUCAAUAAGUAUUCAACUUAUUGGUUCUCCUAAUACUGUAAAGAAAGAUAGCAGAUCUUUCUCCUCCAUAUUCUGUUAUUUUAUCUAAAAGAUCAGGUGUACGCUAACCUAGUCUCAGAGCAUUUCGUAUUAUUCUGUACGUAAAUCCGAGACACUCCUUUCAGUAUGAUAUGUUAUGUUUCGUAUGAUAUGCAUUAAUUUGUUGAUAUCCAUCACCCAUUUCAUCUGAUAUGUUACGAAUUACAAUUCAUAUUAUAUGUUGUGAAUUAGCAAAUCUACAAUAUAUUUGCAAACGUACAAUAUGUUACGAAUUUGCAAAUGUAUGAUAUUUUAAGAAUUCUAGCUAGGUGGCUAACGUUAGCUAGCUCGCUAAUGUUAGCAAGGCUAGGGGUUAGGGUUAGGGGUUAGGGUUAAGGUUAGGGUUAAGUUUAGGAGUUAGGUUAAAUGGUUAAGAUUAGGGUUAGGGGAAGGGUUAGCUAAAAGGGUUAAGUUUAGGGGAAGGGUUAGCUAACAUUCUAAGUAGUUGCAAAGUAGUUAAAAAGUAGUAAGUAAUUGAAAAGUUGUUAAAUAGCUAAAAUGCUAAAGUUGUCCGUUAUGAGAUUCAAACUCGCAACCUUUAGGUUGCUAGACAUUCGCGUUAUAUGACCACUCCGACCAACCACCCGCCUUUCGUUUUGCCUUAAAUAACCAUCUGGCUUAAUAGAGUGUCUCGGAUUUAGGUACAGAAUAAUACAAAAUGCUCUGAGACCAGUUUGUGUACGCUGACCCCAGCUAAAUAACUUGAAAAGAUUUAAAGCGCAAUUAUGCGUUUUAUCUCCAGUACAUGGCCACAAUUGUCAGCUAGGUAGCUGUGCUCUACUGAUAAUCUCAGUGCAUCCUUGCUGGGAUGACACAAUCAAUCUACUGUCGGCGUCUGGAAAUGCCAUCUCCGGACAGUACACAGCAUGAUGUCCUGAUUAAUGACAAAGUCUACCUCGCUUCCUACUUGACUGAAUCACUUGGGAGUAACAAACAAGUCCUUCAACACCUUUUUGAAACUGCUAAGCUACCUGUUGACUACCCUCCUGCUCUCCAGGGAUGGGCUGGGACUAACACCACCAAGCCAGCGAUUCUCACCGGAGUAGAAAGCAGUGCAUGGCAGUGGAGUGCUAUGGUCCCAUGAUUUCUCUUGAGUCGCCCGGCUCCAAGACAAACUUUGACUGUCCAAACAUACUGUAUACAAGUCAUUAUACGUGAUUCUUGACUCUGCUUCUGGCACGCAAGCUGUUUGAAUUAAUUCCCAGCAUCCAGUGCAAUUGCGAGGGAUAGUUAAUUGCACUACCAAACUGCCCCCAAUCAAAACAAAAUGGCCUAAACCCAGCAGUCAGAAAACACCGAAAAUAUAUAUUUUUUCAAACUGUCAAUCACUCUCAAGUCAUCUGGGACCCACGAGCUAAGCCCAAGGGACUACUAGGGGGGUACGUGAACAUUCGCAGUGUCAUUCCAAAAAGUUGUCGAAUUCAACAUCUUUUCAAGGACUCCAACCUUGACUUCCUCUGCCUUUCAGAGACAUGGCUCCAUAAAAAUGUUCCAUUUGCUGCUUUGAUUGUGCCCGUCUACAAUGUUUUCAGGAGAGAGGAUUGUAGGAAGAGGAGGGGGUCUGAUGAUUUACAUUAAAGAACAUAUCCGAUGUAAACAAAUUGAGUGGUCAUGUGAUAAUGAACUAGAACAGGAUUUUCCAAACUCGGUCCUUGGGACCCCAAGGGCAGUAGCUGUGUGUGGGUAAAAUCACUGGGGAAGUGAAGCCAGAAAAAAAAGCCAUAUUACAACAUAUGUGUUGUGAUAAUUGUGUUGUUUGCUCUAUACCCUGUUAGUUCAUAUGUCUUGCGACCGUGAUAUAUAAGCCUAAUGCCAAGACAAUAAGAAGACACAGGGGCAGAAUAAAUUCAACCACAGAGAUCAACCUCUGUCCGGUGAAGUCCACAAAGCAUUUUGCAUGUAACAAACAGUUACAUGACCUAUAGCAUGGUAAAGCAAGUUAAUGUUUCUGACAUUUUCGGACUACUAAACACUAUUGAUUUAGAAACACAAAGACUGUCCAUGAUUUCUGAGUGUGUGUGUGUGUGUGUGUGUUCUGCGUAUGCGUUCGUGCAAGUAGAAAAAACAUGCUGACUCACCCUACUUCUAGAGAAAUGCCAACGCCAUCCUCCUCUCUUUCAUGAUGACAAAACAUGAAAGUCUAUGACCCUGUCCAACCUCAACCGUCAUACAAUACAAGCAUUUAUUUUUUGUUGUCCUAGGCUACCUGGCUAAAAUGCUUGCUCGCUAGCCUAACUUCCUUUCAUAGGCAACAUUAGCUAGUUAACAUUGCCUUCAACAUCUAGCUACAUAUUGAACUCCCAUCCUCUCAGGCAAGGGGCACAAUGUAUGAAUGUAUGGUUGGAUCAGAAUCACCAUUAUAAUUAUUAGCCAGUGUGGAGAAUGAAGUAAAGCCACAAGUCCAUCCAUGGCUAAUUUAUGAAAGGGACAAUUAUAGCUAUCUAGCUAGCCACCGGAGUACAACAACACAGCAAGAGGCAACAAUUCAAGUUGUUUCUGUCAAUGACGUAUUGCUCUCGAUGUGAUGUGAUUGGAGUGAAGCCAAAUCCAAACUGGCUUCCCUUGACACUUUUCUUUGGUGCGCCAGGACCAUUCACAUUUGAGCUCACUCAGUUUAGCUAUUGGCUAUUAUUUUAUACUUUUUUUAUCAAGGGAGGCCAAAUGCUCGCUGAUUUUUCAAGCAUUGAGGUUUCAGCCUAAAUUCUGCGUAAUGGAAACAUCAAUGCUAUGUUUUAAAACUUGUUGUGUUUUAAAAUAUCUUUGAAAUACUUUUCCCUUUUCCCUGGAGAGCUACUGUCCUGUUGGUUUUCACUCCAACCCUAAUCAAGCACACCUGAUUCUAACAAUUAGCUGGUUGAUUAGCUGAAUCAGGUUAGUUACAACUGGAGUCGGAGUGAAAACCUACAGGAGGGUAGUUCUCCAGGAACAGGGUUGGAGAGCCCUGCCCUAGCUCAAGUGUGGGGAACUUUGUAAAUUGCCAAUGUUUUAUCUACUACAGCUUGGACCAGUUGUACUAUCUCUGUUCAAUAGCACUGAAUAGCAUUGUCUUUGACCUGUGUCAACUAUUUAUGAGUGAUGUCUCAAAGAGUAAAGACCUUACAUGCUCUUUCUACCUGUCUCAGUAGUAUACUUUCCAUAGUUCUACCUUGAGUGAUACUACAUCACAGUGUGCAAAACACAAUACAACUCUAUAGUCCUUAGUUAUACUUUCAUUUUGCACUUUGUGCAUUUACAUUAUUACUAUGUCAUUAUCUAACUUGUGCAUAUCAUGGCAUUACUUAGCUCAACAAGGUAGUGGUGAAAACAGUGGUACACAAUUCAGUCAGCUGAUGGAGUAGGGCAUCAGUGUACACUACAUUACCAAAAGUAUGUGGACACCUGCUCGUCGGACAUCUCAUUCCAAAAUCAUGGGCAUUAAUAUGGAAUUGGUCCCCCCUUUGCUGCUAUAACAGCCUCCACUCUUCUGGGAAGGCUUUCCACUAGAUGUUGGAACAUUGCUGUAGGGACUUGCUUCCAUUCAGCCACAAGAGCAUUAGUGAGGUCAGGCACUGACGUUGGUGAUUAGGCCUGGCUCACAGUCGGCGUUCCAAUUUAUCCCAAAGGUGUUCGAUGGGGUUGAGGUCAGGGCUCUGAUAAGGCCAGUCAACAAUUUCUGUAUGGACCUCAAUUUGUGCACGGGGGCAUGGUUAUGCUGAAACAGGAAAGGGCCUUCCCCAAACUGUUGCCACAAAGUUAGAAGUACAGAAUCGUCUAGAAUGUCAUUCAUUGUAUGCUGUAGCGUUAACAUUUCCCAUCACUGGAACUAAGGGGCUUAGCCCGAACCAUGAACAACAGCCCCAGACCAUUAUUCCUCCACCCAACUUUACAGUUGACACGAUGCUUUCGGGCAGGUAGCGUUCUCCUGGCAUCUGGAAAACCCAGAUUCAUCCGUCGGACUGCUAGAUGGUGAAGCUUGAUUCAUCCCUCCAGAGUACUUGUUUCCACUGCUCCGGAGUCCAAUGGCGGCUCCAGAGUCCAAUGGCGGUGAGCUUUACACCACUCUAGCCGAUGCUUGGCAUUGCGCAUGGUGAUCUUAGGCUUGUGUGCGGCUGCUUGGCCAUGGAAACCCAUUUCAUGAGGCUCCCGAUUAACAGUUAUUGUGCUGUCAUAGCUUCAAGAAGCAGUUUGGAACUCGGUAGUGAGUGUUACAACCGAGGAAAUUUUUACUUGCUGCGCGCUUCAGCACUUGGCGGUCCUGUUCUGUGAGCUUGUGUGACCUACCACUUCGUGGCUGAGCCGCUGUUGCUCCUAGACAUUUCCACUUCACAAUAACAGCACUUACAGUUGACCGGGGCAGUUCUAGCAGGGCAGAAAUUUGACGAACUGACUUGUUGGAAAGGUGGCAUCCUAUGACGGUGCCACGUUGAAAGUCACUGAGCUCUUCAGUAUGGCCAUUCUACUGCCAAUGUUUGUCUAUGGAGAUUUUAUGGCUGUGUGCUCGAUUUCAUACACCUGUCAGCAACGGGUGUGGCUGAAUUAGGCAAAUCCAUAUACUUUUGGUACAUAUAGUGUACAUUAUAAGGUAUAUCAUGUAUAAUGGCAGUUGUGCCCCUGUCUCAGUACUCACCCUCCAUCUCUCCCCAGGUCAACCAGGUGUCCUCCUCAGGAGGGGGAGGGUUCUCAGGAUGGGGAACAUUGAGCGAAGCCAACGGAACUCUGAGAAGCCAGAAUGGGCGGGGCAUGGUAAGUGACAUCUGCUCCAGGCAGCCACAAGGGGGCAACAUAACCCUCCUUUUUAUUCCUUAGUGCUACAUACAGUGCCUUCAGGAAGUGUUCACACGUCACACCCCUUGACCUUUUCCACAUUUUGUUGUGUUACAGCCUGAAUUUAAAAUGGAUUAUAUUUACAUUUUGUGUCACUGGCCUACACACAAUACCCCAUAAUGUCAAAGUGGAAUUAUGUUUGUAGAAAUUUGUACAAGUUAAUAAAAAAUGAAAAGCUUGAGUCAAUAAGUAUUCAACUUAUUGGUUCUCCUAAUACUGUAAAGAAAGAUAGCAGAUCUUUCUCCUCCAUAUUCUGUUAUUUUAUCUAAAAGAUCAGGUGUACGCUAACCUAGUCUCAGAGCAUUUCGUAUUAUUCUGUACGUAAAUCCAAGACACUCCUUUCAGUAUGAUAUGUUAUGUUUCGUAUGAUAUGCAUUAAUUUGUUGAUAUCCAUCACCCAUUUCAUCUGAUAUGUUACGAAUUACAAUUCAUAUUAUAUGUUGUGAAUUAGCAAACUACAAUAUAUUUGCAAACGUACAAUAUGUUACGAAUUUGCAAAUGUAUGAUAUUUUAAGAAUUCUAGGUAGGUGGCUAAUGUUAGCUAGCUCGCUAAUGUUAGCAAGGCUAGGGGUUAGGGUUAGGGGUUAGUGUUAAGUUUAGGGUUAAGUUUAGGAGUUAGGUUAGAUGGUUAAGAUUAGGGUUAGGGGAAGGGUUAGCUAAAAGGGUUAAGUUUAGGGGAAGGGUUAGCUAACAUUCUAAGUAGUUGCAAAGUAGCUAAAAAGUAGUAAGUAAUUGAAAAGUUGUUAAUUAGCUAAAAUGCUAAAGUUGUCCGUUAUGAGAUUCAAACUCGCAACCUUUAGGUUGCUAGACAUUCGCGUUAUAUGACCACUCCGACCAACCACCCGCCUUUCGUUUUGCCUUAAAUAACCAUCUGGUUAUUUAAGGCAAAAUCCGAGUGUCUCGGAUUUAGGUACAGAAUAAUACAAAUAAUACAGAAUAAUACAAAAUGCUCUGAGACCAGGUUGUGUACGCUGACCCCAGCUAAAUAACUUGAAAAGAUUUAAAGCGCAAUUAUGCGUUUUAUCUCCAGUACAUGGACACAAUUGUCAGCUAGGUAGCUGUGCUCUACUGAUAAUCUCAGUGCAUCCUUGCUGGGAUGACACAAUCAAUCUACUGUCGGCGUCGGGAAAUGCCAUCUCCGGACAGUACACAGCAUGAUGUCCUGAUUAAUGACAAAGUCUACCUCGCUUCCUACUUGACUGAAUCACUUGGGAGUAACAAACAAGUCCUUCAACACCUUUUUGAAACUGCUAAGCUACCUGUUGACUACCCUCCUGCUCUCCAGGGAUGGGCUGGGACUAACACCACCAAGCCAGCGAUACUCACCGGAGUAGAAAGCAGUGCAUGGCAGUGGAGUGCUAUGGUCCCAUGAUUUCUCUUGAGUCGCCCGGCUCCAAGACAAACUUUGACUGUCCAAACAUGCUGUAUACAAGUCGUUAUACGUGAUUCUUGACUCUGCUUCUGGCACGCAAGCUGUUUGAAUUAAUUCCCCGCAUCCAGUGCAAUUGCGAGGGAUAGUUAAUUGCACUACCAAACUGCCCCCAAUCAAAACAAAAUGGCCUAAACCCAGCAGUCAGAAAACACCGAAAAUAUAUAUUUUUUCAAACUGUCAAUCACUCUCAAGUCAUCUGGGACCCACGAGCUAAGCCCAAGUGACUACUAGGGGGGUACGUGAACAUUCGCAGUGUCAUUCCAAAAAGUUGUCGAAUUCAACAUAUUUUCAAGGACUCCAACCUUGACUUCCUCUGCCUUUCAGAGACAUGGCUCCAUAAAAAUGUUCCAUUUGCUGCUUUGAUUGUACCCGUCUACAAUGUUUUCAGGAGAGAAGAUUGUAGGAAGAGGAGGGGGUCUGAUGAUUUACAUUAAAGAACAAAUCCGAUGUAAACAAAUUGAGUGGUCAUGUGAUAAUGAACUAGAACAGGAUUUUCCAAACUCGGUCCUUGGGACCCCAAGGGCAGUAGCUGUGUGUGGGUAAAAUCACUGGGGAAGUGAAGCCAGAAAAAAAAGCCAUAUUACAACAUAUGUGUUGUGAUAAUUGUGUUGUUUGCUCUAUACCCUGUUAGUUCAUAUGUCUUGCGCCCGUGAUAUAUAAGCCUAAUGCCAAGACAAUAAGAAGACACAGGGGCAGAAUAAAUUCAACCACAGAGAUCAACCUCUGUCCGGUGAAGUCCACAAAGCAUUUUGCAUGUAACAAACAGUUACAUGACCUAUAGCAUGGUAAAGCAAGUUAAUGUUUCUGACAUUUUCGGACUACUAAACACUAUUGAUUUAGAACCACAAAGACUGUCCAUGAUUUCUGAGUGUGUGUGUGUGUGUGUGUGUUCUGCGUGUGCGUUCGUGCAAGUAGAAAAAACAUGCUGACUCACCCUACUUCUAGAGAAAUGCCAACGCCAUCCUCCUCUCUUUCAUGUUGACAAAACAUGAAAGUCUAUGACCCUGUCCAACCUCAACCGUCAUACAAUACAAGCAUUUAUUUUUUGUUGUCCUAGGCUACCUGGCUAAAAUGCUUGCUCGCUAGCCUAACUUCCUUUCAUAGGCAACAUUAGCUAGUUAACAUUGCCUUCAACAUCUAGCUACAUAUUGAACUUCCAUCCUCUCAGGCAAGGGGCACAAUGUAUGAAUGUAUGGUUGGAUCAGAAUCACCAUUAUAAUUAUUAGCCAGUGUGGAGAAUGAAGUAAAGCCACAAGUCCAUCCAUGGCUAAUUUAUGAAAGGGACAAUUAUAGCUAUCUAGCUAGCCACCGGAGUACAACAACACAGCAAGAGGCAACAAUUCAAGUUGUUUCUGUCAAUGACGUAUUGCUCUCGAUGUGAUGUGAUUGGAGUGAAGCCAAAUCCAAACUGGCUUCCCUUGACACUUUUCUUUGGUGCGCCAGGACCAUUCACAUUUGAGCUCACUCAGUUUAGCUAUUGGCUAUUAUUUUAUACUUUUUUUAUCAAGGGAGGCCAAAUGCUCGCUGGCUUCCCUUGCAUGCAAUGCUACGGGUGGCAACAAUGUCAUACUCUUUUUGACCAGACAGCAUCAGAUAGAUGGCUUACACAUACAGAGACAGAGGAGCGCUGUUUCGCCUACUCUGAUGCUUUCUCCAUUUAGAUACUGUACAUUCAGCCUCUUGCAAAUCGAAGGAAAAUUAUGAAACACAGAGACGAAAUAUACGGGAUUUUUUAAAUUAAUUUUUGGUAAAUUCUUUGGGGAAGCCUGGCUUUCCUUGGCAUCCAUGAAUACACACCACUACCACUACAAUACCUUUGACCUCACACAGCUAGAUCUGUUGGUUAUUAAUAAACCAGAGAGUGACUAAAUAAUUCUACAUGGUUACUAUGGUUAUAAUGUGACACUUAUAGCCAGACAGCUUUCUAAGAAGAGGUUUAACCUCUACUGAACAGGGUUAACCUCUCUACUGAACAUGUUUUACCUCUCUAGUGUUAUUAAGCCUGAUCAACUCAGAAUACCUAAGGGUGAGUUAACUGGAAUGAUCUUCUAUCCUAUUCAAAUGUGGAAGCUGACAGUCAGGUUUUUCUAUCCACAAUCCAGACUACAAAUGGCUACAAGGAAAACCAAAUCCAAACCUGGCCAAAAGAGCACUUCCUUGGCUAAAUGGAGAAACUGAUGAAAGAAUGAGCUCAUGCACUAAAAACAUCCCUAAAGUCCAAAUUAGAGCAUGAUGGAUGUAGGUUUACCAUAUUGAUAAAUAAGGUGAUGAAAGAAAUCAGAUAGGCCAAGGCAAAACUUUUUUUAUUAACAUAAUUGGUGAAGCUAAGGAAAAUUCAAAAUUGAUCUGGGAGAAUCUAAAGAAGUUGACAGGGCAAGACAAUAGCAACACUGUAAAAAGACCAGAAAUCAAUGUGAAUGGCAGUCUAACACAGAAUGCAGUCGAAAUAGCAACAGGCUUCAACUCAUACUUUGUUGUCUCUGUCAAGGUACUGAAGCAUAACUUCUCCACUGGUUACUUGGGCUCAGCGCCAGUGAAUGAGACUCAACCUGUCUUCACAAUAAGGGAGGUUUCUGAGUCAGAGGUGAACAAGGUGAUUAGCUCACUAAAGAAAUCUAAAGACAAAUAUGUGUUUGGGCUGGACUCUACCUUUCUUAAAACUACAAAGAGUCACUCACUGGCCCCAUUACUAAGGUCACCAACACGUUUAUUGGUCAGGGGGUGUUUCCAAGGGUCUGGAGGUCGGCCAUUAUAAUGCCCAUCUUUAAAUCAGUUGACUCUGCUGACGUGAGUAACUACAGGCCCAUUAGUAUACUACCUGUGGUGUCGAAGGUUGCUGAAAAGUGUGGAGCAGAGCAACUGAUUGCCCACCUCAACAACAGCCCCUUCACAUUACACUCCAUGCAGUUUGGCUUCAGAGCAAACCACUCCACAGAAAUGGCCAACUGCUUUCUUCUGGAAAAUGUGAAGUCCAAGAUGGACAAAGGGGGCGUUGUUGGGGCUGUAUUUCUAGACCUAAGGAAAGCCUUUGAUACUGUUAACCAUGAGGUUCUCAUCACAAAACUGUCCAAGUUCAACUUUUCCCCCGAUGCCUUGAGAUGGAUGAAAUAAUACUGUACCUUGAAGGCUGAACCCAGUAUGUCACUAAGGGAGAUUGACAGUUCUUUUGUGUUUCUUCCAUUUGCGAAUAAUCGCACCAACUGUUGUCACCUUCUCACCAAGCUGCUUGGCGAUGUUCUUGUAGCCCAUUCCAGCCUUGUGUAGGUCUACAAUCUUGUCCCUGACAUCAUUGGAGAGCUCUUUGGUCUUGGCCAUGGUGGAGAGUUUGGAAUCUGAUUGAUUGAUUGCUUCUGUGGACAGGUGUCUUUUAUACAGGCAACAAGCUGAGAUUAGGAGCAAAAAAGAGUGUGCUCCUAAUCUCAGCUCGUUACCUGUAUAAAAGACACCUGGGAGCCAGAAAUCUUUCUGAUUGAGAGGGGGUCAAAUACUUAUUUCCCUCAUUAAAAUGCAAAUCAAUUUAUAAUUUUUUUUUGUUGUUAUUCUGUCUAUCACUGUUCAAAUAAACCCUCCAUUACAAUUAUAGACUGAUCAUUUCUUUGUUAGUGGGCAAACGUACAAAUCAGCAGGGGAUCAAAUACUUUUUUCCCUCACUGUAUAUAUUUUUGGAAUGUCCCAAGCAGUGAAUUUCAAACACAGAUUCAACCACAAAGACCAGGGAGGUUUUUCAAUGCCUCGCAAAGAAGGGCACCUAUUGGUAGAUGGGUAAAAAUAAAAGAAGCAGAUAUUGAAUAGCCCUUUUAGCAUGGUGAAGUUAUCAAUUACACUUUGGAUCGUGUAUCAAUACACCCAGUCACUACUAAGAUACAGGCGUCCUUCCUAACUCAGUUGCCAGAGAAGAAGGAAACCGCUCAGGGAUUCCACCAUGAGGCCAAUGGUGACUUUAAAACAGUUACAGAGUUCAAUGGCUGUGAUAGGAGAAAACUGAGGAUGGAUAAACAUUGUAGUUACUCCACAAUACUAACCUAAAUAACAGAGGGAAAAGAAAUAAACCUGUACAGAAUGAAAAUAUUCCAAAACAUGCAUCCUGUUUGCAAUAAAACACUAAAGAUGUGACAAAGAAAUUAACUUAAUGUCCUAAAUACAAAGCGAUAUGUUUGGGGCAAAUCCAACACAACACAUCACUGAGUACCACUCUAUUUUCAAGCAUGGUGGUGGUUGCAUCAUGGUAUGGGUAUGCUUGUCAUCGGCAAGGAAGGACUAGGGAGUUUUUUGGGAUAAAAAUUAAUGGAAUAGAGCUAAGCACAAGCAAAAUCCUAGAGGAACACCUGGUUCAGUCUGCUUUCCAACAGACACUGGGAGACAAAUUUGCCUUUCAGCAGGACAACGACCUAAAACACAUGGCCAAAUAUACAAAUCAAAUCAAAUUGUAUUGGUCACAUACACAUAUUUAGCAGAUGUUAUUGCGGGUGUAGCGAAAUGUCCUGGAGGGAAGGCAAUGUGUCCCCGGUGAUGUGUCGGGCAGACCGCACCACCUUCUGGAGUACCCUGCGGUUGCGGGGGGUGCAGUUGCCGUAUCAGGCGGUGAUACAGCCCGACAGGAUGCUCUCAAUUGUGCAUCUGUAAAGGUUUGUGAGGGGGCCAUGCCGAAUUUCUUCAGCCUCCUGAGGUUGAAGAGGCACUAUUGUGCCUUCUUCACCACACUGUAUGUGUGGAUGGACAAUUUCAGAUUAUCAUUGAUGUGUACAUCAAGGAACUUGAAGCUUUUCACCUUCUCCACUGCGGUCCCGUCGAUGUGGACAGGGGCGUGCUCCCUCUGCUGUGUCUAGAAGUCCACAAUUAGCUCCUUCAUUUUGUUGACGUUGAGGGAGAGGUUAUUUUCCUGCCACCACUCCGCCAGGGUCCUCACUUCCUCCCUGUAGUCUGUCUCGUCAUUGCUGGUAAUCAGGCCUAAUACUGUUGUGUCGUCUGCAAACUUGAUGAUUGAGUUGGAGGCGUUCGUGGACACGCAGUCAUUGGUGAACAGGGAGUAUAAGAGGAGGCUGAGCACGCACCCUUGUGGGGUCCCUGUGUUGAGGAUCAGCGUAGUGGAGAUGUUGUUUCCUACCUUCACCAGCUGGGGGCACCCCAUCAAGAAGUCCAGGACCCACUUGCAGAAGGCGGGGUUCAGACCCAGGGCCCCAAGCUUAAUGAUGAGCUUGGAGUUUCUUACCAAGACGACAUUGAAUGUUCCUGAGUGGAAAUCUUUGGCAAGACUUGAAAAUGGCUGUCUAGCAAUGAUCAAGAACCAACUUGAUGGAGGUUGAAGAAUUUUUAAAAGAAUAAUGUGCAAAUAUUGUACAAUCUAGGUGUGCAAAGCUCUUAGAGACUUACCCAGAAAGACUCACAGCUGUAAUCGCUGCCAAAGGUGAUUAUAACAUGUAUUGACUCAGGGGUGUGAAUACUUAUGUAAUUGAGAUAUUUCUGUAUUUCAUUUUUAAUACAAGUGCAAGAAAUUCUAAAUAAGUUUUCACUUUGUCAUUAUGGGGUAUUGUGUGUAGAUUGGUGAGAAAAUAUAUAUAUUUAAUCAAUUUUAAAUUCAGGAUGUAAUACAACAAAAUGUGGAAUAAGUCUGGAGGCACUGUAUAUGAUUCGACAGUUGUAGAGAUACAAUUUAUGACAGGUUAUUACAUUAACUACAGGUUAUCAAGGUUUUAUACAGUGAAGUGGGUGCAUUAAUGCAGUCGAUCAUUCUCAUAUCAACAAUGUGAAUAUGUAUUUUCUAACAGCAGUACCAGAAGUGGACUACAAGCAGGAACAAUACCAUGAGGGUAAGUGUUGCUGUGCAGUAACUAUCAGAAUCUGGUCUACUUGACACCCCACCAUUAACACAUACACACUACAUAAACUGUUGUUCCUCCAUCAAUCCUCCAUGUUUGUUUUCCUGUGUUUUCACGGGCUCCUCCCUUCUCUCCUUAGAAUAACUCUUCGAGGUAUUCUCGCUCCUUCAGCCUGCUGUCGGACCAGCACAUCUCAGAGCACAUAGACCGGGUAUGACACCUGCCCCUCAGAAGCACAGCCAUUACAGAACCGGUUGUGUGUACACUGGCCCAAGGGCCCCAGAGAGGGAACUGUGGGCCCCAGAGGGGGAACCACCUCAGGCCAGCCCAUGUGUAAUCCCAAAAUGAGACCCGUAACCCUCACUAUGAGGCAUUUUAGCACAACUCCUUUGUAUUAGCGUGGGAGAGUGUUGUGUAACACCAGGUGUUUGUACAAUACGAGGGAAAAUGUCACAAGUAGCGUGUGCCGUGAGAACAGAGACAGACAAUUAUGUCAAGAUGUGUAUGAUGCACCGUGUGGUCUUGAAAACAGUAACUAAUGGUGGCGAUAUUUGUCUUUUUGUUACUACAAACAUUCUUUAAUAUAAGAAAUAUCCCUCCCAUGGAUCUAUUAUAAGUACUUAUUUAGUUACUAGUAUUGAGAGUUUUUUAAAGAUCUUGUAAACAUUUAAUUAUGUAAAAAUGUAAUAGUUAACAUCCUCUACCGUUGGCGUGUUCAUUCCCCAGAGGCUGUAUAUGAUUGGAGAUGAGAUGGACUACCAAUCCUACGAGUACGGCUACGAGGGGAGAGGCAGCAAUUGCCAGUCGCUGGAUGAGCUAUCGCUAAGCAACCUAGGGGAUGACUUGAAGUUCCUAGAGGACCUGGGGUCAAAGUUCAACACCCUGGGGGGCAUCUGUCACGAGGACAUGCAGAAGAGGAACAUUAGGCUGUAGACACACACACACACCUGGCUGGGAGAUGAUUAUUAGACACGUCUGUCAUCGUCCCCUGUUUGAGGUGAAUGGGGUGAUUACCUAUUAGUUGGAGAAGAGGACACAUUUACACCAAACUUCCUCUAUUGGGAUUUUGGAUCAAGCUUUGCGUUGUCGACGUCAGUGUGACAUUUUCUUAAAGACCAAAACUGUUGUGGAUUGGCUUUUACCCAAAAGAGGGACUGGGAGAGACACUUCUGACAUUUUUGCCUGACAUAAUGAAUGAUGACCUUACUGUACUGAAUAAACCGCAUCAUGCUUGGAUGGCUUUAUGGAUUUCGGUUUUGACAGGACCGGGUGUGUUUGUAUGGUGAUUGUUUUGUUAUGUUAUAUGUGAUAUUAUCAUUGCUACGCUUCACAGUACUUUCAAUAGUAUUUUACAAUCUCUUGCUCUACUGGUUAUGCCAGAAUGGGAUUAACUUCAAUGCUAACACUUUGAUGGAAAUGUCAACAUCACUUCUGUGGGAGCUUUACAGUUGUGUGAAUGAUACUUUUUAUAACCUUUUUCUGCUUUGGAUAUGGAUUUACCCAAGUUGCUUAAAAAAACAUUUCUUGACCUCCCUGGAGUAGUAUCGUACUAGCUGUGUGGUCAACCUGGACUCAGGGGUAGACGUAACAUAGUAAAUGGAAAUCUGUCUCCCUUUAUUUAGUAUCAUAUGUUACGUUUCGUAUGAUAUGUAUUAAUUUGUGGA